UGCGCGCGACCCAGGCCAUGGAAUUCGACGGAAUAUACUCAGUCCGUCGGUGUUGGAGCGCCACGGGCUCCCCAUAUACCAUGAAUUUGAGGGCACGUUUUGUCGCGAAAGGGUCCCAACUGAGAAAUCCACGGUGCUUUGACAGAGACGAGAGAAUUACAGACCUUGUCCGCCGGAAGAUUCAACAAACAGGAGGCCAGCGCAGAUGGAGUUCUGCAUAAAAGCGCUCUACCCGACUGGAGUCGAGGCUCACCGCACACCGUGGGAGCGACGGGAUGCACAGGCCGAGAAAGCCAAGGC